AUGGGUAAGAAGAAGAAGAAGAAGAAGAAGAUGGAGGAGGAGGAGGAGGAGGAUGCCGUGGACACUGUGAGGCAGGAAAUGGGCGUGACGGAGGAACCUAAGGUGAGGCGGGGAGAAACACAAUGGGUAGGGCUUUGAGGUCUGCAGUUUUGUUCUAGAAGCAGGUCUGGCGGCUUCUCCGGGACAGCAGUCGUGAGCCAAUCGAUGCUGAUGGUAUUCUGCUUGUCACAGCGAAGGACUCGGCAGGUUUUCCUACUACGCGAGGGUACUCGAAACGGUCGUUCGUAGAAGUUGUGGGUAAAGGCACCAUUAUUUAUAUCUUAAAUACAUCGUUUUGGACUAGUCAAUUAUAGCACCUAACCCGUAGGAUAGAGCAGAUAGGAAUUGUCAUCCCUAGUCAAAUUCAUAGUUUUGUUUAUUUGAGUGUAACCUGUCUGUAUCAGGCUCUUUACAGCGACUUACUCAGUUGAAUUCCAUUCUUGUAAGCUAUAGACUUAACUCACAAAUAAUAUCGUUUUUCCGCUAAUAGUAAUGGGAUUCAGGAAAACCGGUUACAUGGAAUUGAGGGACACCCUCGCAUUGCAGUGGUUGGACAUAACACUACAACUGCUGCCCUUGGGGUAGUUGUAACUUUUCAGUUGAUGUCUACAAAUUCCAAUAACCGAAACACAAACUAGAAGGCAAAAAAGCUAUGACGCGAAAACUAACAUGAAAAAGCAGUAGUCGGACAUAAUAAGGAAGCGGCGGUUUGCUUCUUUUUGUUCAGUCUUUACAUAUGUCCUGGAUAAGCUAAUCAGAGCGUCACUGUCAAUGCAAGCAUCAGGUGAAGUCGUAAGUAACAAUAUUUCGAAAGACAAGAAGGAGGACCUUCAACUCUACACGAGACUGAACCCCUGUCACAGGUGACAGUACGACGGACGGUGGACGGGACGGAUGCUGGCGGUUUUUUCAUUCAGGGUCCUUGGGACGGUAUGAGUUGGUUUGGUUGCAGGAGCGCUCACAAGAAAGACAACCGACCUUGUUUCUACGGUGCUCGCUUGUGGGCGCAUGCAUGUCUAUGCGCACAGACACGGUGGGGUGAUCGGGGGACAAUACGCAUAUAACGCACUUUAUAAUCAGUGCCGUCUGUAGUUCUAUUAUUUCGAGGUUGCUGUGCAUUCCACCGGUGAUAUAGGCGAACAUUUUAAAAAACACAUGGUUUAUGACUGGCCAGGAAGUAAUCCAGCAAACAUUUGUUUUGGUUUUAAGGUCAACAUUUCAGAGAUCCCAUAUUUUUACAAGGAUCUAAUGCGAUCUUGCUGGACAGAAAACCCGGAUUUCCGUCCAACAUUCCAGGAAAUUAUCCUACAACUGGAACAGUGUGGCAGUGGAAAGUGAGUUCCGCUCUCAGGCCUUCCAGUACUUUUCAGCAAAUAGUCCUAUGAAAGAGAUGACAUCGGAUAGGUAAUUAGACAGUGUUUAAUGAUUUAAGCGUCAAAACUAACCUGAUAUCGCUUUAGCAAUUGAGAAUUGCAUUUGGGUUGGACUCCAAAGUAGUCUCAUCUAUCAGGUUUGAAAUCCCCAGGGCAGUAUGCGAGACUGUAUGUAUACGCAAUGCCAACCUUUGAGUAACUCAACUUUCUGGACUGUCCGUGUAAUGUGCAUUUGGUAAGUGGACCAAUUGACGCCUUCAUUUGCCAGAUGUGGCGUUCUUAAUCCGUUCGUAGAAAAAAUAAAACGUGUAAAACUGUUGAAUUUGUACAAUGAAUCUACACAGCCUGUUACUUUCCCUAAUUAAACUGAACUUCCAUAACGCCGAGAAGUAAUUGCCCAUCGCUUGUUUGUACGCAGAAGCAAGACCCAUCCAUGUAACACUGAGCUUCCUUUUAGUGCAAUAAGUAGGUUUGCGUUAAUAUUUCAUCUUAUUUGUAGAAAGGCCAACAUCAUUGACCAUAUGCUGAAUAUGAUGGAAAAAUACUCGGCAGAUUUGGAAGCUCAAGUGAGAGAGCGAACGCUGGAACUUGAGGCGGAGAAAGCAAAAACAGAAGAACUGAUUGCAAGAAUGUUGCCACUGUGAGUUUACUACAAAGUAAUUUUAUGGCAUCAAGGGCAAAGUUUUGAUCGCAUAACGAAAAUGUUUUGCCUUAUGCCUACCUGAAUGAAUCAUUACCUCUCAUCUACUGCAGGUUGAUGAUAAAGUCACUAAGAUAAAAUGGAAUCAAACGUCGCAUAUGAAAAGACGCUGAUGGAUAUGCAAAAACAAAGUUUUCACACUUAGAAGGACUGAAACCGCACACCAGAGACGCCCCAAUACUUUUACAUAUCACCCGAUACAGUGGUCAGAAUGUGAAUCCAAGAUCUUUGACAGAUAUAUCGUUUUUUUUGUUCUACCUCUGUAGGUUGGACUGGAUUAAUGAGCAUUCAGCUUCUUAAUCUCCUCAGAACGCAAUAGUUAUCUUGGAUUUAAUCAGUCGGAGUAAAGUCUUAUGGGCUCAUUUUGAAAGUUGCGACGAUUGUUUGAGACGAACUCAGUCAGCUACACCGGGAUGACCGGGUAAUAUUCAUAAGCUACUAGCAGUCAUUCACUAGUUUACAAACGUGCUUCGACGCACCCCUUGCAGCUGUGUCAUGCAGCGGCAAAAUACUGAAGAAACAGGUGUCUGGGGUUUAGCUGGUAUCUGUGGUUUUCCGUAGGAUAAAUCAAGCUGAAUUAAGGAAUGGUGAAAGUAACCAUAAACUGUUUCGUCCGAUAAACGCAAAGAAAUUUGUUACAGAGACAGUAAUUUAAGUAAACCAUUAUUGGUUCUUGUACGGCUCCUAUCAUACCUUGCAGGCUUUGAAAAUCCCCCAACAGUGCCUACUACUUUACAAAAUACUAAACAAACUCCCACUUCUCAGCGGCCAUUCGUUUAAAUUUAAGAGAAGUCUUCGGAGUAAUUUUAUUUUGAAAGGCCUACUCUUGCCAAAUAAUGAAGCAGUACAGGAUCGAAAUUCGUCACACAAAACUAAAAAUAAUGCUGAACAUUAGGCACUACUAUAUUCCCCCCGGAUGGCACAGUAGCAUCGAUAGCAAGGCAGAGAAGCGUAUCCUAAUUUGUGAGUGUAAUCAAUGUCCCCGUAUUACCUUCAUUUUAAGGCCGGAGAUUAGCUGCCGGCCAUUGGGUUCUCGUUAUCCACUUUUUUUCUUUCGCAAACAUUUGAAAUAGACCUUAUUUGCAUUGCCACAGAUCUGUUGCACAGGCGCUGAUAGCUGGCAACACCGUGGCCCCGGAAGCCUUCGACGAGGUCACCAUCUACUUCAGUGACAUCGUUGGCUUCACAGCUAUUUCUGCCUGGUCCACACCUCUGCAAAUCGUUGAUCUACUCAAUGCGCUCUAUUCCACCUUCGACACAACAAUUGCGAAAUUCGACGUCUACAAGGUACCUUGAGUGAAAGUUACCAUAGAGAACGGCUGUCUGUAUUAGUUCCCUUCAUUUUUGCAAGUAGAACUAUGUUUGCAGAUUGCAGUUAACCUCAAUUUUCAAAAGAUCAGUCAAAGGUCCCUACACUAAGGUUUGUUGAUCACUGUAGAAGUCCUUAGAAAUUAUAUAGAAAGGGAGAAAAUAGACUGGCUAAUAGAAAGUAUUUUUAAGAGAUGGUUCCAGAAUAUGACCUUGUCUUUCUCGUCUGGGAUAUGCUGCUUCAGCAUUGUUUUUUCAUUUCAGGUUGAAACCAUAGGUGAUGCGUACAUGGUGGCCUCGGGGUUACCUAUCAGAAACGGCAGGCGGCACGCUGGUGAAAUCGCCACAAUGGCUCUGGAGCUACUCAGUGUGGUUGGAACAUUUGUCAUUCCACACAUGCCACAGAUUCCCAUUUUGCUCCGCAUUGGAAUACACUCUGGUAACUGGCAUUGA